GGUCUUAUGUCAUUUCCGUCAAAUAUGGCGACAGCCAUUAUCGUGUCGAGUGCAGUGAUGUGAAUGGUGUGCAAAGGAAUUGUGCAAAGGGAUGUUCAAGGAUUCCGAAAAGCUUUAUUUAUCAUAUAAGUUCCGGUAAGUAACUAAAUCUUCUUUAUUAAUUGUUGCUGUUAUAGCGUCUUACAUUUUGGUUUCCGUCUAUGAAAGAAGCCGACACAGAAAUCAGCUGAUAGUGAAAGGAUAAACAAUAUUCAAAACACUGAGCUGCUGUAGGUUAACAUUAUUUUAAGCAACUGGUUCACAGAUCAUUUCAUUAUUCAUUAUCAGACAGAUUGAAACAUGGGUCGAUAUACAGGGAAAACAUGUCGGCUUAUCAGCAUGCUGACCAUCACAUUUAGUUUUUUUGUGGUGGAAAUAGUUGUCGGCUACAUUGUGAACUCUAUUGCCCUCGUAGCAGACUCUUUUCAUAUGCUGUCUGAUGUGGUUGCAUUAAUAGUUGGCUUGGCUUCCGUUAGAAUAGCCAGAAAGUCAUCAAAGAAAAAUACAUUUGGCUGGGCCCGGGCUGAAGUGCUGGGUGCCCUCUUCAAUGCAGUCUUUCUUGUAGCCUUGUGCUUUUCCAUUUUUGUGGAAGCAUUGCAAAGGUUGAUAGAAAAUGAAAAAAUUGAAGACCCCAAAUUGAUGUUAAUAGUCGGAGGAUUGGGACUUCUUAUUAAUAUCGUUGGACUUUUCUUGUUCCGAGGAGGUCACGGACACUCACAUGGUGGUGGUGGGGAGGAGGACAGUAGUGAAGACAGUGACGUGACAGAGCCCCUGAACUCGGAUGUCCCCCUGGAGGUGGUGUCCGUGGAAGAUGGGAAAGCUACGGAAGGCGCAGAUGGCACACCCAACUCUAACGAGAUGAAAGCAGGCCAAACAGAGGGCAGGGAUCAUGGCCACGCGCAUAAAAGAGGGCAUGGGCACUCGCAUGGAGGCAAAAAAGCUAGUUCUGCUGCUCAACUCAACAUGCGAGGUGUAUUCCUCCAUGUGUUGGGGGAUGCCCUGGGAUCUGUGAUUGUUAUCAUAAGUGCACUUGUCAUCUGGUUUGUUGAAGAUGAGUCUUGGAAGUACAAAGUUGACCCAGCAAUGAGUAUCUUGUUGGUGUGCAUUAUCCUGUCAACCACUAUACCUCUGUUAAAAGAAUCUGCUUUGAUUUUACUGCAAACUGCCCCAACCCAUAUAAGGAUACAGGAUAUCCAGGAGAAACUUAUUAAAAAUGUUCCUGGUGUACUAGCAAUCCAUGAAUUCCACGUGUGGCAGUUAACUGGGAACAGGAUCAUUGCUACAGGGCACAUUCAAUGCCUGAACCUCAGUGAAUACAAACGUAUUGCAGAGGAUGUCAAACAGUUCUUCCAUAAUGAGGGAAUACACUCCACAACUAUUCAGCCAGAGUUUUUGGAGACUGGGAAUGAUGGAGAUGUGAUGGCCAAUGGAAGGGCGUGCGCACUGGAGUGUGGCCCAGGAAAACCUUGCUUUCCUAACACCUGCUGUGCCAGGAAAGAAAAUAACACCACUGGCAGUAGGGACCCAAGCCAAAGCCCGGACAUAUCAGAUACAAGGAAUGGAACACCUGCAGUUUCCCCAAAAGUGGACCACUUGGAAGUGGGUCACGUUGGACCCCAAACAGGCGAUAAUAUCAGUGGGGAUGUCAACACAAAGCUUUGAUACUGUGGAGAAGACUUGGAACUUUUUUUUUUCUAGCUUGUAUUGAAGGUAUAUUUUAUUGGAGCAGUCUCACUGCAGGUGACGAAUAUAUUUGAGAACCACUGUGACAGUUCAUAGAGAUUGAAUGGAAGACGGCUGUUUGUUUUCUGUGUGAAGUUGCAUUGUUCUCUGUGAACUGUGGGUUAUAAGGGUUUUGGCUCGGUGGUACCUGUAAUGACUUUUCUGCAGGACAGAUGAGUAGUGAAGUCUCGGAGACUGAUUUGUAUGUAUUAUUUAAUUUAUUUUCAUGUUCAUCUUAUCUCUUUAUCUCUGUUAGUAAAAAACCAAAGCAUGAGCAGUGCAUUGUUUUUUUCUCUCCACUGGCAGAAGAGCGUGGAUGUGUUGGAAGAUUUCAAGCAAGUCUGCCAGCACACUGCAUUCCCCUUAGCAUUGGGUUUGAUUUUUAGCAAGAGCAAGGUUCCUGUACUGCAUUGGCUAUCUAUAAACACUGGUCUUAAUGCCAUGACCAACCUUGAUAGUUUGCACAGUAAGGUAACUGUUGUUUGUUGUAUCAUGAAGUAUUUUUGAAAAUGUAAUAACAGCAACAACUUCAUCUGGGAUCAAUAAGAAUAAUCAGGUUUAAAAUGAGGACAGUAUUGGCUAUAAUGUUUAAUAGCAUGACAUACAUUUAAGUGUGUUUGGUGAUAAGUGCUUCAAACUUUAUCUUCAUCAAAUGUGAGGAGCUUUUUUUUUUGAUCCAGAAACUUCUUUAAUUUACAUAUGAAGAGAGCAGAGGCAUAUUAUCAUAUGCAGAAUUCAUUGUGUUGCCACAUUGCUAUACUGAAUGUAUGCCUAGUGAGAUUUCUGUGAAAUCUAAUUUUUAGCCUGUUAUAUUUAUAAUACAAAUCCUAAACAGGGUGAUGGUAGAAAAUUUGAGGAUGACUUUACAUUGUAAAUAUCACUGAGAAUGUAAAUAUCCAACAUUUUGAGUUGUAAACAAUAGUUACUUAUUAAAUGUUUUUAUUGUUUAAAUAACUCUGCCACCACUUCAGUAACCGUUUGCUUGACCCAGAUUUGCCCUAAUUUCCAGAGGUUACUGUAAGCUCACCUGUACAUUAUCUGCAUGCCGCUUUUGCUUCCAGUAAAUGAAUGAAGAUAAUAUGGAUUUUCCAGUGGUCUCAGAUAAGGUUGGACAAGGUGUGCUAUUGCUGUGGCAAUAAAACCAGCAUUUUGCGUCAAAUAUGGACGCCUAACUUUUCUAGCCUUCUGUGUGAUUUUUGGACAACAGAUUUAAUUGCUUUCUUGAUAACUUUUAUGUAUUCCUUAGGACAUAGAGAUUAUGCAUUUGGAUCAGUCAAAUAUGAAUACAGCAGUAGCACACCCUGUGCACCAAAAGUUUCAGAGGUUACUGGAAAUUUCACCUCUGUAUUAUCAGCAUGUUCCUGCCAUUUUAAAUAUUUUUAGCUUAGGGGGUCUUUGCCUAGCUAUACCUUAGAAAUUGCAUUUGUUUAAAUAUAUAUAUUAUAUUGUUCUUCUUUUUUUUUUCACGUCAUUGUAGUCAAAAAUUUAAUAUUGGCUGUUGAACUCUUAAAUAUGAUUUUUUUUUUUGUUGUUGUUGUUGUUGAACUGUGAAGUAAUGCGAAUAUAUUAUGAUUGCUUUAGCCAACGUCUCGGAUGAGAUUUAGAUAUGGUCCUAGCAAGAGGUAGUGUCUAUUUUAGUAUAAUACGUAUUAGAAGAGCUCUUAUUUCUAGUCUAGUACAACAUCAUAUUCUGUAUUUUGCUGGAUUAAUCUGUUGUAGCACCUUGAUGACAGCUAUUACUUGUAGUAAAUAUUUUCAAUUUUCUGCACAAAGUAGGGAACUGAACUAUUUUACCCAGAAACAAAAUACCAGCUAGUCUGAUUUUAUAUUAUUACUGAUCUUACUUCAUUGGAAAUAUUGUUUUUAUUAUAUUUUAUGAUUCUGUUGAGUUGUGUAAUGUAAGAUAAUUUACUAUAUAUAUUACACAGAAAAAUUAAAAACUAUUUAUAUGAAGGAUA